GCGCUCCCCGCGCGCCGGGCGCUCCGAGUCCCCGCACCCGGAGAGGGGCCAGGACCCCAGAGCUCCGGGGCCGCCAGUGGAAUCCAGUGCCUCUGGCUUCCCGGGUCCCCCGCAGCCGGAGCCCCAGAGACGCGCGGAGCCCCGGACCGCGGCCGAACAAGAUCCUGAUUGAGAACCUACCACACCUGCCACAAUGGGUAGCAAAACCUUGCCGGCGCCAGUGCCCAUCCAUCCCUCCCUGCAGCUCACCAACUACUCCUUCCUUCAGGCAGUGAACGGCCUGCCCGCGGUGCCCUCGGACCACCUGCCCAACCUGUAUGGUUUCAGCGCGUUGCACGCUGUGCACCUGCACCAGUGGACGCUGGGCUACCCGGCCAUGCACUUGCCACGAUCCUCUUUUUCCAAAGUGCCAGGAGCCAUGUCCAACCUGGUGGACGCGCGCUUCCAGCUGCCCGCCUUUCCCUGGUUCCCCCACGUUAUCCAGCCCAAGCCGGAGAUCACUGCUGGAAGCAGUGGCCCAGUGGCGCUCAAGACCAAGCCGCGGUUUGAUUUUGCCAACCUGGCCUUGGCCGCCACGCAAGAAGAUCCGUCCAAGCUUGGCCGCGGGGAGGGUCCCGGCUCCCCAGCUGGUGGGCUGGGCGCCCUCCUGGAUGUGACCAAGCUGUCCCCGGAAAAGAAGCCCACGAGAGGACGCCUGCCUUCCAAGACCAAGAAGGAGUUCGUCUGCAAGUUCUGUGGCCGCCACUUCACUAAGUCCUACAACCUGCUCAUCCACGAGCGGACGCACACGGAUGAGCGGCCCUACACCUGUGACAUCUGCCACAAAGCCUUCCGGAGGCAAGACCACCUAAGAGACCACAGAUAUAUUCACUCCAAAGAAAAGCCCUUCAAGUGUCAAGAGUGCGGGAAAGGAUUCUGCCAGUCCAGGACUCUCGCUGUCCACAAGACGCUACACUCACAGGUGAAGGAGCUCAAAACCUCCAAGAUCAAAUGCUAAACAGAGCCUCCUGGUCGCCGGGACCCUGGGGCGCACCGCCGCCUCCUCCACAGGGACCAGAAUCCGAAAGGCGACUCUAGCGGACCGCAGGAGGGGCUCCCGGACCUUCCCUGGUCCCAAACAAAGUCCCUUGGGUCCGGGGCGCACGCAGAACUAAGGAGCCGCGCCCGGGGCCCUGACCCGGCCGCCAGGGCGGCUCCCCCAGGACGCGGCUAAACUCUUGGCCAAAAGGCGGUACUCACGUGGCGGAAGGGAAACUGCAUUUAAAAAAACAAAACACGAAAGCUCCGCGGAGCCGCAGCGGCGCCUCUCCCAGAAGUAUUACUUUUUCUAUUGUUAUUUUAUACGUUUUCUUUAUUAAUUUUUUUUCUUUGACCAUAUAAGCUUGUAACUCUGACUGCGGAGAAGAGGGGAGAGGAAAA